AUGGGAUCGCAUGAGCAUGGUGAAGGAGCCACAGAUGCUGAUUUUGAUCGAGUUACACAAACUCAUCAUCACUUCCUUCAAUCCUAUGUGGGAAGCUUUGAGAAAGCAAGAGAGGCAAUGAUAUAUUCUUAUACAAGGCACAUCAAUGGCUUUGCUGCCAUGCUAGAAGAGGAAGAAGCAGCUGACAUUGCAGAACAUUCAGAGGUUGUGUCAGUUUUCCUAAACAAAGGAAGAAAACUACACACUACUCGUUCGUGGAAAUUUAUGGACAUUGAAAGGGAUGAUGGGGUAGUUUCCUCCGAUUCAGUGUUCAGAAAAGCUAGAUAUGGUGAAGAUACUAUUCUUGCGCAUCUUGACACUGCCGUGGAAAUCACUUUGGCGUGGACCCUUUUCAUGUGUGACAAAUCGCGGUCGACCCAUUAUGUGUAUGGCCAGAAUCUUCGAGCUUUAGAGAUGAGGGGAUGGGACCCAUACCUUCACGGUGGAAAGGAACUUGUCAACAUGAUAUCACCGGCUUCCGCUGCAACAGGGGCAAGGUACUUCAACAAAGGUUAUCUUGCCUAUAUGGGAGGAGAUGCAAAAUUUAACAGUACACUGAACACAGCACGAGACCAUGAUGGUCAUGGAUCUCACACACUAUCGACAAUAGGAGGAAACUUCGUUCCUGGGGCCAAUGUGCUUGGCUUUGGAAAUGGAACUGCCGAAGGUGGUUCUCCUAAGGCCAGGGUUGCUACUUACAAGGUGUGCUGGCCACCAUUUGAAGGUAACGAGUGCUUCGAUGCUGAUAUCAUCGCAGGCUUGGACAUGGCCAUACACGAUGGGGUGGAUGUUCUUUCCCUUUCUCUUGGAGGACUUGCUACGGAUUACUUUGAGGAUGGUGUAGCUAUCGGGGCCUUUCAUGCUAACAUGAAGGGCAUUCCUGUUGUAUGUUCUGCUGGGAAUUCCGGACCAACUCCUGGAACUGUCUCGAAUGUUGCACCUUGGAUAAUAACAGUUGGUGCCAGCACCUUGGACAGAGAGUUUGAAACUGUUGUUCAACUCCACAAUGGACAGCGCUUCAAGGGAACAAGCCUUACUAAAGCUAUGCCGGAAAACAAGGUUUACCCACUCAUCAAUUCUGCAGAUGCAAAAUUGGCUAGUGAAUCAGUUGAAGACGCUACUCAGUGUCUGCGAGGAACAAUUGAUCCUGAGAAGGCGAGGGGCAAAAUAUUGGUUUGCCUUAGAGGUAACAAUCCAAGAGUGGAAAAGAGCCUAGUUGCUUUGGAGGCUGGUGCAGCUGGGAUGAUUCUUUGUAAUGACGAGUAUAGUGGUAAUGAGCUUAUUGCUGAUGCUCAUCUCCUACCUACCUCACAAAUUACUUACAAAGAUGGUCUUGCUGUCUAUGCCUAUUUGAAUUCAACCAAGAAUCCGCUAGGAUAUAUUGAACCACCCGAGACCAAGUUGCAGCAAAAGCCUGCUCCAGUCAUGGCAGAAUUCUCCUCAAGAGGGCCCAACAUAGUCACGCUAGAGAUCCUCAAGCCUGAUGUCACCGCUCCCGGUGUGAACAUUAUUGCUGCCUACUCAGAAGCCGUUAGCCCAACAGAAUUGAGUUUUGAUAAGCGCAGGGUUCCUUUUAUCACCAUGUCUGGAACAUCCAUGUCUUGUCCUCAUGUUGCUGGAGUUGUUGGUCUUCUCAGGACUCUCCAUCCUACUUGGAGCCCAGCAGCUAUUAAAUCUGCAAUAAUGACAACUAGUAAUUAA